AUAUUGUGCCAAUUUGGAUGUGCUGUUUUGGAGUACGACGCAGAGCGAUUCUGUAAAGUUGUCCUUCUUUUUGAGGUGAAGGAUUUCCACUUCCUUACCUUCAUCACACUGAGUCCUCUGUUCCCCCAACAACAAGCUCCUAAAGUUGUUCUUCAGUCACUCUACCACAACAGUCCUAGAGAACCAUACUCAAUGGAGUUAACAGACCUCUCUUAUAAUUCCCAGUGGAAUGCAGAAGAAAUGGUUCGACACAUAAAGCAAGGGAUUCUGCAGAAUGUCUCAUCCUUUCAAACUGCAUCCAUCAAAACUGCACUAUAGAAUAUAUAAAACAACUGCCAUUCAGGAAUGGUAAAUAGGUUUUGUCAAAUAGAUAUUAAUUUAUUUGUAGCUUUAGCACAGAAUAUAUGGCUUUCGGUUAAUAGGAGUUGUACAUUUGGUGAAAAAAGAAUUUUACUUUAGCAGUGCUUUAUUUUUAUCACAAAUAAAAAAAAGGAGAGUUAAGAAUGAUAAGAGAGAGUUAGCCAUUCACAAACAAUAAAGGAUAGUAAAUAGAUAAA